CUUCUAUUCACCACCUGGAUUUCUUCCUCUCUCUCUCUCUCUCUCUCCAUUUCUCCAUCUCUGCGCACAAACCCUAAUUUCCAGUUGCCGUUUCUCUAUAUUCCUCCCUUUCUCUGUUCAUCAAACACAGAAAAAACGAUCAGUGUUAACGGGAUUGAACUGGCUGUACCACCCAUGUAGAGGUCUAUUAUCAGUCUAUAAGAGCUCAAUAGAUAGUAGGAAGAGAACAUAAUGGAGGCUAACGUUUGUGACAUUAAUCACUUGGAUGCUGAUGUCCUUCUACCUCCGCGGAAGCGUCUACUUGCUGGAUUCAAGAAGCAGACUUCGGAUGGGAAUGGUGCUCUGAGUCCUGCUGUGCUUGCUUCUUCUACAUCUUCUUCUACUUCUUCAUCUUGCGAAUUUGACACUCAUCUUAACAUUCUAUUGACUUCUCAUUUAAACAACCCAAAACAUACACCCAAGGAGCUUGUAGAAGCAUCAAGAUCAGCAGCUGUAGCUGCUGUUCAGGCUGCACAGGAUGCAAGAGCUGCUGCUGAUGAGAAGGCAGCAAUUGCAGCAAAAGCAGUGAUUGCAGCUAGGAAUGCUUUAGAUUUGGUUGCCUCCUUUUCUGAGGAGGGAGUUUCCAAGGAGAGAUGCCUGAAAAAGAACAAGCUGAAAAAGCAUGUCCCUGUUCAGCUUUUGUAUACAAAGCACCAACCUAUUGAGAAUCAUGGGACUGAUGAAGAAUUAGCUCGUAGGUUGCAUCGAGCCAUAAAUAGCUCCCCUAGAAUCUCAAAGCAUUCUCCAAAUCCUGAAUUGAAAGGCCAUAAGCAUAAGAAGCUUAAGAAUUCACCUCCUUAUGAAAAAGCUAGCAUUUCCGAUGUGGGUUUGGUGUUGGAAAGAAGCCCAGCUUCAAUGUCUAAUGAACAUGCUGGUGAAGGAGAGGAGAAUUCUGAAAGCUCCAGCCAAGGGGCACGUGCAAUUAAAGCAGAUGAGAAGGGAUCAAAAUACGAAAAAGAUAACCAAUUAGAAUUGGACAUUGUGGAGGCAGAAUCAAGUCACUCGAAGGAGAAAACAUGGGAAGAAACAAAUUCGCCAGGUAGAAGGAGGGGAAGAGUGAAACUUAAAAAACUGCCAUUAAGCAUUUGUACCUAUAGGGAUCAAGGGAAUCCUAAGGAAGAGAUGGUCGGUAAAAGCUCUCUUUUGACUCAAAAGAACACAAGCAAACCCACUGCUACUGGUAUUCCCUUGUUUUCCCUGCAGCCUUCUACUGAUGGUGCACUUCCAAUUGAGGCAACACCGACAUGGAAAUGCCAGGAGUUCAAGGCUCCAGCAUGUAUCAAGCAAAAUAAAGUAAUGCAGUCAUAAUCUUCCACCAUAUCACAGCAACAGGUGCCUCAUGGUUGAAGUUGAUAGCAGAGGUAGGACUUGUGAUGGUCUUUUUUAUAGGACCGGCUUCAUUUGAUUUAUCUUUUUUCUGCUUACCGUGGUUUUGUAAUGGAAGUUAAACUGACAAAAUUGUAUAUUUUUAAACGUUUAAUUGCCUGCAUCCAUACUUCAUAUUUCAAGUAGCCCAUUGCUUGAAAUUGGAACAAAGGUUGGAGUUUCGACUGACAGAGGGAUGCAGUGCAUUAGGUGCUACCUUGCUGUUUCCAGCAUAUUCACCCUGCUCUUUAAGCAGCUGGAAUAUGUACAAAAAUAAUGUAGUCCUUUGGGUUUGUGUUUUGAUAAAUUGAUUUUUUAGCUCUUGUUCGUGCUUAUGUUGAAACUCAAGCUGCUAGCUGUACGGGAAUUGAAACAGUGCUUAAUAGAAACACAAAGGAGUCUUCCUUCCUUGAUA